GGCGCGGCCUGCGGCUCUGCUCCGUCCCGGUCAUGGAGGCGCCCGCCGCCCGCCUGCUCUUGCUCCUGCUGCUCGGGGCCUGGAUCCCGGCCCCGGGCCGCGCCUCCCCGGAGGCCCCGCCGCUGGUCAACGAGGACGUGAAGCGCACGGUGGACCUGAGCAGCCACCUGGCCAAGGUGACGGCCGAGGUGGUCCUGGCGCACCCGGGCGGCGGGUCCACGUCCCGCGCCUCCUCCUUCCUCCUGGCCCUGGAGCCGGAGCUCGAGGCGCGGCUGGCGCACCUGGGCGUGCAGGUUAAGGGAGAAGAUGAGGAAGAGAACAACCUGGAAGUAAAAGAAACCAAAAUUAAGGGGAAAAGUGGGAGAUUCUUCACAGUCAAGCUUCCAGUUGCCCUUGAUCCUGGGGCCAAGAUUUCAGUCAUUGUGGAAACAGUCUAUACCCAUGUGCUUCAGCCAUAUCCAACCCAGAUCACCCAGUCAGAGAAACAGUUUGUGGUGUUUGAAGGGAACCAUUAUUUCUACUCUCCCUAUCCAACAAAGACACAAACAAUGCGUGUGAAGCUUGCCUCUCGAAAUGUAGAGAGCUACACCAAGUUGGGGAACCCUACGCGCUCUGAGGACCUCCUGGAUUAUGGACCUUUCCGAGAUGUCCCUGCCUAUAGUCAGGAUGCUUUUAAAGUACAUUAUGAGAACAACAGCCCUUUCCUGACCAUCACCAGCAUGACCCGUGUCAUCGAGGUCUCUCACUGGGGCAAUAUUGCUGUAGAAGAAAAUGUGGACCUGAAGCACACGGGGGCUGUGCUCAAGGGUCCUUUCUCACGCUAUGAUUACCAGAGACAACCAGAUAGCGGGAUAUCCUCCAUCCGUUCCUUCAAGACCAUCCUCCCUGCUGCUGCCCAGGAUGUUUAUUACCGUGAUGAGAUUGGCAACGUUUCCACCAGCCACCUCCUUAUUUUGGAUGACUCCGUAGAGAUGGAAAUCCGGCCUCGCUUCCCUCUUUUUGGGGGGUGGAAGACCCAUUACAUCGUUGGCUACAACCUCCCAAGCUAUGAGUACCUCUAUAAUUUGGGUGACCAGUAUGCACUGAAGAUGAGGUUUGUGGACCACGUGUUUGAUGAACAAGUGAUUGAUUCUCUGACAAUGAAGAUCAUCUUGCCUGAAGGGGCCAAGAACAUCCAGGUUCACAGUCCCUAUGAAAUCACCCGCGCCUCAGAUGAGCUGCACUACACCUACCUGGACACGUUUGGCCGCCCUGUGAUUGUUGCCUACAAGAAAAAUCUGGUAGAACAGCACAUUCAGGACAUUGUGGUCCACUACACGUUCAACAAGGUGCUCAUGCUGCAGGAGCCCCUGCUGGUGGUGGCUGCUUUCUACAUCCUGUUCUUCACCGUCAUCAUCUAUGUCAGGCUUGACUUCUCCAUCACAAAGGAUCCAGCUGCAGAGGCCAGGAUGAAGGUGGCCUGCAUCACGGAGCAGGUGCUGACCCUGGUCAACAAGAGAAUAGGUCUCUACCGGCACUUCGAUGAAACUGUCAAUAGGUACAAGCAGUCCCGUGAUGUGUCCACCCUCAACAGUGGCAAGAAGAGCCUGGAGACGGAGCACAAGACCUUGACCAGUGAGAUUGCCCUGCUGCAGACCAGGCUGAAGACGGAGGGCUCUGACCUGUGCGACAAAGUGAGCGAAAUGCAGAAGCUGGACGCGCAUGUCAAGGAGCUGGUGCUGAAGUCAGCAGUAGAAGCGGAGCGGCUGGUGGCUGGCAAGCUCAAGAAGGACGCCUACAUUGAGAGUGAGAAGCUCAUCUCAGGAAAGCGCCAGGAGUUUGUUAGUAAGAUCGACCACAUCCUGGAUGCUCUGUAGCUGCAACUUGCUGUCCUCAGGGUGCUGCGCUUUCAGUUGAUGUGGCGAGGGGCGGAUGCGCAUGGAGGCAGCAAGUGCUGGCAUUUGUAUUUUACAAAAGGCUUUCAAGAAUGAGAACCAGGCUAUGCCUCGGAACACAAGAAACUUAGGGUUUUUUUUUUUUUUGUCCCCAAAGUGCUCUUUUUUUAAAAAAAAUUAUAAAAAUCUUAAUUCCAUUUAAAACAGAUCUUUGCAUUUUUGAACAAAAGAAAUUUUCAAUAACUGAUUGGUUUUGUUUUGAAGUCUUAGGAUAUCCAUUUAGCCCAGAUGACCUGUGUUUAUACUCUAGUCUGAUGUUUGGGUAUUUUGUGAGUGAGUGUGUUUUACAAGUGUGUGUAAUCAAAAGAAAAUAAAAUGGACUGAAAAUUUGCUCUGUUCUGUU